UUCAUCUUAUUGUCCCUGAGGAAGCUCACAGUGUUGAGGUCAAACUGGGGUCUGAUGUCACUGUACCGUGUCACCUAUCACCUGAAAUCAGUGCUGUUGACAUGGAGAUCAGGUGGUUUAAAGAGACGGACUGUGUGUGUCUCUAUAAGAACAGACAGGUGACAGAGGGGCGGAGCUACAGGGGCAGAACAGGUCUGUCCACUGAGGACAUGGACAAAGGAAAUGUUUCCUUGAAGUUGAGAGAGUUCAGAGAAUCAGACAUAGGAGUUUAUCUGUGUCAGGUCAUCAGUGAAGACAGAACAGAGGAGUUAACAGUAGGAGUAGAAGAAGGAGCAAGGAAAGACUCUGAUGUCCAACCUGUGAAUCAGCCAUCAAAGAUUCAAGGUAGACAAGUUCAUCUGACACUACAUGAGUUAAACAGUACUUGGGAAGAGAAUCAAAACAUGAAAAUGGAGGAAUCUGCUUUAAUAACAGAGCUCGAAGUGAAUUAUGUGAAGGUACUUCACCAAACAAUAUUCAAGGUUUUCAAAAAUCAAGGGAAAAAACUGAAACAAACCGAAAUGCAGUUAAAGGCAUCCGAGAUGGAUUUGGAAAGAGUCUUACAACAACUAGAAACAAUCACAGAAAAAUCUGAUCUCCUUCCAAAUGAAAAACGCAUUGAUUUGAAAGAAUCACACUUUCAGCAAAUAGAAAAACAACUGCUACAAAUAACUAAACACAUCGAAGAUAAACGGAUUCAGUUUGAGGAGAAAGACACACAGCUGGAGAAUAUGAGCAAACAGAUGAGUGAGAAAGAAAAACUACUGGAGCGCACAAUCAAAGAGAUGGAAACCAGUAAACAACAGUUGGAGACACUGAGACAGAAGCAAAUGAGACAUGAGGAGAUGCUGGAGAAGAAAGAGCAGUUGAGGAUUUCAGAGUUGAAUGAAAAAUCCAAAUGUUUUGAAGAAACAAAAUCUCUUCUAGAAGAGAGAGAGAGAAAGAUUAAAGAACUGGAGAAAGAGAAACAAAGACUGGAUGAAGAACUUCAAGACAAAGACAGACAUCUUAAGGACAUUAAUGCUAAACUGAUGCAAACCGUCAGAGAGGUUGGAAAGAAACAAAAUCAGCUUCAGGGGAAACACACACAACUGGAGAAUAUACACAAAAUGUUAUGUGAAAAAAUGAGACACCCAGAAAACAAAGCAAAAGAGCUGGAAGCCAGUACAUGUCAAUCAAAGGAAAAAGAAACUGAAAGCACAAAUCUGGAGAAAUAAAAGUGUUCAGAGCAGAUUUUUUUAAUCAA